CGGAGCGGCGGCGCCUUCCUGCCUCCUCGCCCUCGGGACUCGCCGGACCUUCAGGCAGAAAAAGCGGAGCCGGGCCGGGGAGGACGCGCCGAGAGCGGGCGGAGACGGCGGCCGGCGGGCCCCUCCCGCCCUGGGGUCCGCGCUCCCCUCUCCCCUUCCUCCUCCUCUCGCUCUGCCUCCCUAUUUAUUUUUUCAAAUGCUGCGGCCGCCAGAGGUGCGGCGCUGAAUUCUUGGAAGGGGCCCGGAUGUGCUGAGGAUGCAUUACAAUUUCACUGAAGGAGGCAGUAGUGGAAAGGAUCAGUUUUUGGUGUUUGAUGCAAUAAUGGGAAUCAGGUAAUCAUCAGAAGGGAAGAAGAGCGACUGCAGAUCCACGGCUUCCUCGAAUUUUGCACGAAAGCCGCCGGCCUCGGAGGAGGGAUUAGUGCAGACCCGCUCGGGGCGUUUGACAUUUCUUCCUCUUUGUGGCUGCUGCUUCUUUUCAAACAAUUCUUGGUCCAUGGUCAAUGAAAACACGAGGAUGUACAUUCCGGAGGAAAACCACCAAGGUCCCAGCUAUGGGAGCCCGCGCCCGGCUCAUGCCAACAUGAAUGCCAACGCGGCUGCGGGGCUGGCACCCGAGCACAUCCCCACGCCGGGGGCCGCCCUGUCCUGGCAGGCAGCCAUCGACGCGGCCCGACAGGCCAAGCUGAUGGGCAGCACGGGCAAUGCCACCAUCUCCACGGUCAGCUCCACACAGCGGAAGCGGCAGCAGUACGGGAAGCCCAAGAAGCAGGGCAGCACGACGGCCACCCGCCCACCCCGCGCCCUGCUCUGCCUGACCCUCAAGAACCCCAUCCGGAGGGCGUGCAUCAGCAUCGUCGAGUGGAAAUAUCCUUUGCCAUUUGAAAUCAUUAUUUUACUGACUAUUUUUGCCAAUUGUGUGGCCUUAGCGAUCUAUAUUCCCUUUCCAGAGGACGACUCCAAUGCCACCAACUCCAACCUGGAACGGGUGGAGUAUCUCUUUCUCAUCAUUUUUACUGUGGAAGCAUUUUUAAAAGUCAUAGCCUACGGACUCCUCUUUCACCCCAACGCUUACCUCCGCAAUGGCUGGAACUUACUAGAUUUUAUCAUUGUGGUUGUUGGGCUUUUCAGUGCAAUCUUAGAGCAAGCGACCAAAGCCGACGGGGCCAACGCCCUGGGAGGGAAGGGGGCUGGAUUCGACGUGAAGGCGCUCAGGGCAUUCCGCGUGCUGCGGCCCCUGCGGCUGGUCUCCGGGGUCCCGAGUCUGCAGGUGGUUCUGAACUCCAUCAUCAAGGCCAUGGUCCCCCUGCUGCACAUCGCCCUGCUCGUGCUGUUCGUCAUCAUCAUCUACGCCAUCAUCGGGCUGGAGCUCUUCAUGGGGAAGAUGCACAAGACCUGCUACAGCCAGGAGGGCAUCCCAGAUGUCCCAGCAGAAGACGACCCCUCCCCCUGUGCCCUGGAGACGGGCCACGGGCGGCAGUGCCAGAACGGCACAGUGUGCAGGCCAGGCUGGGAUGGGCCCAAGCACGGCAUCACCAACUUCGACAACUUCGCCUUCGCCAUGCUGACCGUGUUCCAGUGCAUCACCAUGGAGGGCUGGACCGACGUCCUCUACUGGGUCAAUGAUGCCGUGGGAAGGGACUGGCCCUGGAUCUAUUUUGUUACACUAAUCAUCAUAGGGUCAUUUUUUGUACUUAAUUUGGUUCUCGGUGUCCUUAGCGGAGAGUUUUCCAAAGAGAGGGAGAAGGCCAAAGCCCGGGGCGACUUCCAGAAGCUGCGGGAGAAGCAGCAGCUGGAGGAGGACCUGAAGGGCUACCUGGACUGGAUCACACAAGCGGAGGACAUUGACCCCGAGAACGAGGAUGAGGGCUUGGACGAGGAGAAGCCCAGAAACAUGAGCAUGCCCACCAGUGAGACAGAGUCUGUCAACACCGAAAACGUGGCUGGAGGUGACAUCGAGGGAGAGAGCUGCGGGGCCAGGCUGGCGCACCGGAUCUCCAAGUCGAAGUUCAGCCGCUACUGGCGCCGGUGGAAUCGGUUCUGCAGGAGGAAGUGCCGCGCGGCCGUGAAGUCGAGCAUCUUCUACUGGCUCGUCAUCUUCCUGGUUUUCCUCAACACACUCACCAUCGCCUCCGAGCACUACAACCAGCCCCACUGGCUCACGGAAGUCCAAGACACGGCCAACAAGGCCCUGCUGGCUCUGUUCACGGCGGAGAUGCUGCUCAAGAUGUAUAGCCUGGGGCUGCAGGCCUACUUCGUGUCCCUCUUCAACCGCUUUGACUGCUUCAUCGUGUGCGGCGGCAUCCUUGAGACCAUCCUGGUGGAGACCAAGAUCAUGUCACCCCUGGGCAUCUCUGUGCUGAGAUGCGUGCGCCUCCUGAGGAUAUUUAAGAUCACGAGGUACUGGAACUCCCUGAGCAACCUGGUGGCGUCCCUGCUGAACUCCGUGCGCUCCAUCGCCUCCCUGCUGCUGCUGCUCUUCCUCUUCAUCAUCAUCUUCUCCCUCCUGGGGAUGCAGCUCUUCGGGGGAAAGUUCAACUUUGAUGAGAUGCAGACCCGGAGGAGCACGUUCGAUAACUUCCCCCAGUCCCUCCUCACCGUGUUUCAGAUCCUGACCGGGGAGGACUGGAAUUCGGUGAUGUAUGAUGGGAUCAUGGCUUAUGGCGGCCCCUCUUUUCCAGGGAUGUUAGUCUGUAUUUACUUCAUCAUCCUCUUCAUCUGUGGGAACUAUAUCCUACUGAAUGUGUUCUUGGCCAUUGCCGUGGACAACCUGGCUGACGCUGAGAGCCUCACCUCUGCCCAGAAGGAGGAGGAAGAAGAGAAGGAGAGAAGGAAGCUGGCCAGGACGGCCAGCCCAGAGAAGAAACAAGAGGUUGUGGAGAAGCCGGCCGUGGAGGAGGCCAAAGAGGAGAAAAUUGAGCUGAAAUCCAUCACGGCGGAUGGAGAGUCCCCACCUGCCACCAAGAUCCACAUGGACGACCUCCAGCCCAACGAGAAUGAGGACAAGAGUUCCUACCCCAACCCGGAAACCGCAGGAGAAGAGGAUGAGGAGGAGCCUGAGAUGCCCGUGGGCCCCCGCCCGCGCCCCCUCUCCGAGCUGCACCUGAAGGAGAAGGCGGUGCCCAUGCCAGAAGCCAGCGCCUUCUUCAUCUUCAGCCCCAGCAACAGGUUCCGCCUCCAGUGCCAUCGCAUCGUCAACGACUCCAUCUUCACCAACCUGAUCCUCUUCUUCAUCCUGCUCAGCAGCAUCUCCCUGGCCGCCGAGGACCCCGUCCAGCACACCUCCUUCAGGAACCACAUUCUGUUUUAUUUUGACAUUGUUUUCACUACCAUUUUCACCAUUGAAAUUGCUCUGAAGAUGACCGCCUACGGGGCCUUCCUGCACAAGGGCUCCUUCUGCCGGAACUACUUCAACAUCUUGGACCUGUUGGUGGUCAGCGUGUCCCUCAUCUCCUUCGGCAUCCAGUCCAGUGCCAUCAACGUGGUGAAGAUCUUGCGAGUCCUGAGGGUGCUCAGGCCCCUGAGGGCCAUCAACAGGGCCAAGGGGCUGAAGCACGUGGUGCAGUGUGUGUUCGUGGCCAUCCGCACCAUCGGGAACAUCGUCAUCGUCACCACGCUGCUGCAGUUCAUGUUCGCCUGCAUCGGCGUCCAGCUCUUCAAGGGCAAGCUCUACACCUGUUCAGACAGCUCCAAACAGACAGAGGCCGAGUGCAAGGGGAACUACAUCACGUACAAGGACGGGGAGGUGGACCACCCCAUCAUCCAGCCCCGCAGCUGGGAGAACAGCAAGUUUGACUUUGACAAUGUCCUGGCAGCCAUGAUGGCCCUGUUCACCGUCUCCACCUUUGAGGGAUGGCCAGAGCUGCUGUACCGCUCCAUCGACUCCCACACCGAGGACAAGGGCCCCAUCUACAAUUAUCGCGUGGAGAUCUCCGUCUUCUUCAUCAUCUACAUCAUCAUCAUCGCCUUCUUCAUGAUGAACAUCUUCGUGGGUUUUGUCAUUGUCACCUUCCAGGAGCAGGGGGAGCAGGAGUACAAGAACUGCGAGCUGGACAAGAACCAGCGGCAGUGUGUGGAGUACGCCCUGAAGGCCCGGCCCCUGCGGAGGUACAUCCCCAAGAACCAGCACCAGUAUAAGGUGUGGUACGUGGUCAACUCCACCUACUUCGAGUACCUGAUGUUUGUCCUCAUCCUGCUCAACACCAUUUGCCUGGCCAUGCAGCACUACGGUCAGAGCUGCCUGUUCAAAAUCGCCAUGAACAUCCUCAACAUGCUCUUCACCGGCCUCUUCACGGUGGAGAUGAUUUUGAAGCUCAUCGCCUUCAAGCCCAAGGGCUACUUUAGUGACCCCUGGAAUGUCUUUGACUUCCUCAUCGUAAUUGGCAGCGUAAUUGACGUCAUUCUCAGUGAGACGAAUCACUAUUUCUGUGAUGCAUGGAACACAUUUGACGCCUUGAUUGUUGUGGGUAGCAUUGUUGAUAUAGCCAUCACCGAGGUAAACCCAGCUGAACAUACCCAAUGCUCUCCCUUUAUGAACGCGGAGGAGAACUCCCGCAUCUCCAUCACCUUCUUCCGCCUCUUCCGGGUCAUGCGUCUGGUCAAGCUGCUGAGCCGCGGGGAGGGCAUCCGGACGCUGCUGUGGACCUUCAUCAAGUCCUUCCAGGCGCUGCCCUACGUGGCCCUCCUGAUUGUGAUGCUGUUCUUCAUCUACGCUGUGAUCGGGAUGCAGGUGUUCGGGAAAAUCGCCCUGAAUGACACGACGGAGAUCAACAGGAACAACAACUUCCAGACCUUCCCCCAGGCUGUGCUGCUCCUCUUCAGGUGCGCCACUGGGGAAGCCUGGCAGGACAUCAUGCUGGCCUGCAUGCCAGGGAAGAAGUGCGCCCCGGAGUCAGAGCCGGGCAACAGCACCGAGGGGGAGACGCCUUGUGGCAGCAGCUUCGCCGUCUUCUACUUCAUCAGCUUCUACAUGCUCUGCGCCUUCCUGAUCAUCAACCUCUUCGUAGCCGUCAUCAUGGACAACUUUGACUACCUGACAAGGGACUGGUCCAUCCUGGGUCCUCACCACCUGGACGAAUUUAAGAGAAUCUGGGCGGAGUAUGACCCUGAAGCCAAGGGUCGCAUCAAACACCUGGAUGUGGUGACCCUGCUCCGGCGGAUUCAGCCCCCCCUGGGUUUUGGGAAGCUGUGCCCUCACCGCGUGGCUUGCAAACGCCUGGUCUCCAUGAACAUGCCCCUGAACAGCGACGGGACCGUCAUGUUCAACGCCACCCUGUUUGCCCUGGUCCGGACGGCCCUGAGGAUCAAAACAGAAGGGAACCUGGAGCAGGCCAACGAGGAGCUGCGGGCCAUCAUCAAGAAGAUCUGGAAGCGGACCAGCAUGAAGCUGCUGGACCAGGUGGUGCCCCCUGCGGGAGAUGACGAGGUCACGGUGGGCAAGUUUUACGCUACUUUCCUGAUCCAAGAGUAUUUCCGGAAAUUCAAGAAGCGCAAAGAGCAGGGCCUGGUGGGCAAGCCCUCCCAGAGGAACGCCCUGUCCUUGCAGGCUGGCCUGCGCACCCUGCAUGACCUCGGGCCCGAGAUCCGUAGGGCCAUCUCCGGGGACCUGACAGCCGAGGAGGAGCUGGACAAGGCCAUGAAGGAGGCUGUGUCCGCGGCCUCAGAAGACGACAUCUUCAGGAGGGCUGGCGGCCUCUUCGGCAACCACGUGGGCUACUACCCCAGCGACGGCCGGAGCGCCUUCCCCCAGACCUUCACCACCCAGCGCCCUCUGCACAUCAGCAAGGCCGGCACCAGCCAGGGCGACACCGAGUCACCCUCCCACGAGAAGCUGGUGGACUCCACCUUCACCCCCAGCAGCUACUCGUCCACGGGCUCCAACGCCAACAUCAACAAUGCCAACAACACUGCCCUGGGCCGCUGCCCCCGCCCCGCCGGCCACCCUGGCGCCGUCAGCACCGUGGAGGGCCGAGGGCCCCCCUUGUCCCCUGCCAUCCAAGUACAGGAGGCCACAUGGAGGCACAGCUCCAAGAGGUGCCCCUCCCGGGACAGCCCGAUAGCCAUGCUGCAUCAGGAGGAGGCCCCUCGGGACGAGACCUGUGACCUGAGGAUGGAUGAGGACGCGGAAUAUGGCAGCGAGCCCAGCCCGAUCACGGAGAUGCUCUCCUACCAGGACGACGAAAGUCGGCAGCUGACGCCCCCCGAGGAGGACAGGAGGGACAUCUGUCUCUCUCCAAAGAGGGGCUUCCUGCGCACUGCCUCCCUAGGUCGAAGGGCUUCCUUCCACCUUGAAUGUCUGAAGCGACAGAAGAAUCCAGGGGGAGACGUCUCUCAGAAGACAGUCUUGCCCCUGCAUCUGGUUCACCAUCAGGCGCUGGCGGUGGCGGGCCUGAGCCCCCUGCUGCAGAGAAGCCAUCCGCCCGGUGCCCUCCCCCCGCUGCACGCCACGCCCCCUGCCACACCCGGCCUGGCCUGGCCCCUGAGGCCGGUGCCCACCCUGCGGCUGGAGGGGGCGGAGUCCAGCGACAAGCUCGCCAGCAGCUUCCCGUCCAUCCACUGCGACCCCCGGGCUGGGGAGCCCUCUCUCUGCGGGGCCGACGGCACCCCCCGGAGGGCCCGACCCGUGUCCCUCACUGUGCCCAGCCCGGCGGGGCCCCGGGGCCGGCCCUUCCACGGCAGCGCCAGCAGCCUGGUGGAGGCGGUCCUGAUCUCAGAAGGACUGGGGCAGUUCGCUCAGGAUCCCAAGUUCCUCGAGGCCACCACCCAGGAGCUGGCCGACGCCUGCGACAUGACCAUCGAGGAGAUGGAGAGCGCGGCCGACAACAUCCUCAGCGGGGGCGCCCGGCAGAGCCCCAACGGCACCCUGCUCCCGUGUGCAAACUGCAGGGACCCGGGGCCGGACCGAGCGGGGGGCGCGGAGGACGUGGCCUGGGCGCCCAGCCCGGAGCCCCGCCAGGGCGGGGAGGAGCCCCGGGACAGCAGGGCCUUCGCCAGCAGCCUGUAGCAGCCGGGCCAGAGACGCCGGGUUUUUUAUUUGUUUCAAUGUUCCUAAUGGGUUCGUUUCAGAAGUGCCUCACUGUUCUCGUGACCUGGAGUUAACCGGAACAGCGUCUUCAUUCAUUUUGUGGGGACAAGACCGCGUCGGUGGCCAGGAGAGAAGCAGCCGCAGUCCGUGUCCGGUGGGGGUGGUGGGGGUGGGGCUUGGGUACCAGGGAGGGCCCCCCCCGCCCCGUGGCCGCCUCAGCUCCCCCAACCCUCACCCAAAGGACCCUAUGCCAAACGGGUGUCUUUCGACUUUGCUUGUAAAAAAACUCAUUUUGCACAUAUUCUGUAUGAGCCUCACUGUCCCCAUAGAGCCAAGGCCCUGUGCGUUCACAGAUGGAAGGAGGACCCGGCCCUCCCCGGGGAGGAGGAAGCCAGCCGGGGAGGGCGCUGCAGCUCCACGCUACAGCCGGCCACCGCCACCUGCACCACGUGUGUCUGGACCCCACCCCCUGCCUGGCCACGGCCACCGCCGCGCAGCUCGAUCGGGGCCGGGGAGCAGGUGCGCCCGCUGGGACAAGACCGGCUGUGCUGAGCGUCUGUCCAGUGCUCUCGUGUUUUGGGAUUUGACAUUUUUCUUGACAGCAUGUUGCAGUUUUCAUUUGGGGGUUUUUGUUUUUUAAUAAUUUUGUUUUCCCAGGGAAAGGGAAGGAAGAAGAGUGUUUACAGAGUUUUGCAGCCACCCACCUUACUGUUUUCACUUUCACAAAUGUAAAUCGGGUCCAGUUUUGUUGUAUUAUUUAACGGUCAUGGUUUUUUUUCCUACAGAGGAUUCAACAGAGCCGCUGUAGGAGAGUUUUACCAGCCAUUGUGUACGCCCGAUGAUUUGUUAUAAUUUCCUCAGAUAGUGACAAGAUUUUUUUGGUUUGGUUCUAUAAUUUAAAGGUGAUCAGCAGUGCACUUGGUAGGGUCUUGCACAAACGUGUGUGGUAGUGGGUGCCUGAGAGAGGAAGCACGCACAGGGUCUCUGCGAGUGUGUGCGCCGUGUGUGCGGCAGGUCGUGUGUGUGCGCUCACAGGUGCGGGCCGGGUCUGCAGCCCCGGGGCACCCGGCCACCAGUCCGCCCGCAGUUCCCCUUCGGGCUUUACUGUGGGGAGCUCUGAAUCUGGGGCUGUUUGAAAGCAAAAACAAACCACUGUCUCUGCUUCUGAAACAGGAAUCAGUAACUCUGCGUUUUCUGUCCCACAAGAUAUGCAAAAACAAUGCAAUAAUAUUCAUUUUAAAAAUACAAUUGUGAGUUGUGUUGGCAUUAAAACUGUAUUUAAAAAACCACACAGAAAUUUAACGGAGAAACUCAGAAGGCGUUUUGCUUCGAUUUGUUCCGUGUAAUGUUUUACUGCAUUGAUGGUGUUUCUGCUGAAGAGACCGUUAUACUUGAAUUCAGGUCAGUCUCAGUAUUUUACAAAUAUUUUUUUAAAACUGAAUUGCAAUUGUGCCAAGCGAAUAUAAGGAAUCGAGUUUGUUUUUGAAUCCACUUCUUGUAUAUUUGCUGCAUGUAAGUAAAUCAUUUUGUAUUUGGAGUGUGACAAGCUUUACCUUUGAGCUGUUAAGUGCUUUCCUCCGUGUGGUUGGGGAAAGAGGACGGCUUUUCUUUUCAUUUGUGUGACAAGUGCUGGCACCACCAUGUGGGUCCCAACGCAGGCUUGGGCAUCGCUGUUUUGCAUAUCUUGUGUUCGCUUCUGUUUUGCUCAGUUUUCCCCAAACCGGGCAAUAGGUAUGUCUGUAUCUUGCUUUGAGAGACCAGGACCCAUCUUAUUCCAGUGUGACUGUCUGCUCUGCCCCAGUUCUCAGAUUUGGAAUUUCUCCAGGGACAGCCCCCACAGGGUGAGGGGCCGUCAGGCGCCCUGACCAGCCUCUUUUUUCACCAGCUGGCGUCAGCUUCCCCCUGGAGAGGUGGCUGAUCUUGCCGUUCACCACCACCCCCCAGGCCCCGCUGGCACAAGUUCUCCUUAGGAAAGUGUCCACUGACCGGAAGGGUGGAGGGGAGGGGGUCCUCGACUGGACAGUGGGGGUGGAGCCUGGCAGCAGGUGACAUCCUGUCCAUCCAAAGCCAAGUCUGUCCUGCUCGCUUCUCACCUUCCACUCACCCUGGAGCGGGGUCUCCUCUGGUUGACCCCUCGCAGUGUGGCAGCCACAGAGGGACCAGGAUGGGGUGGGGGGGCAUCAGGAGCUCACAAUAAAGGCAGGGCCAGAGGCAUUGUGGGGGCGUCUCUCUGCCCCUUUGCAUCCACCUGGACACCACCCGGGUGUUGCGUCCUUCAAACAGAUUCCAACAGUGAUCUUUGAAAUGGGACCGAACUGGGGGAGACAGGACCCAGUCAUUCAUCCAGACCUUCCCCGUUGAGUCUCUUCCGGCCCCCGGCUCGCUCAGCCCCUCUUGACACUAACUCACAUGAGCAACUUAGAAGUCAAAGGUGGGCAAUGCCCGCUGCUCCAUGAAAAUGAGCUUUCCUGUGAUGGACGGAUGCUCACGCCCCCAGGUGAACACAGUGGACACCCAAGGGCUGCCCUCUGUCCCUCCAAGCCCAGCCCUUCCAGUCUCUGGGCUCCUCCUCGGUGCCAUUGGGGUCUUCUGGAAAUUACAUUCAGGUCCUUUGUCCCGUUUCCCUAAAUGUCUGCCACAGCCGUUAAGAUUUUAGUUCUGAUGGAGAGCAGAGCCCUUGGGGGUUGAUAGCCAGUUCUUGUGUUGCAGGAAAACCGAUCCCACGAGAAACCAAGCACCACACUCGGAGAGUUGGAGAACUCAGGUUUAUUGAGCGGGCAGACCCAGACGAGCGAACGCUCCAAAAUUCUGGGCCCCGUUUCAGGGGAGUCUUCUCCUUAUGUAGGUUAAAACAUACAGCUAUAAUUGGUACAAACUGAUUGGCUACAAAUUUCUAUAGGUCACAGGCAGUUACAGAGUGAGGGGGUUGUCAUGGGUCACACACAUGGUAGGGGGUCCUAACAGGAACUUGUAGGAGCCGGACAUUCCAUUCCUAUCAGGACUAAGGUCGCAAUUUGCAUUCUCAUAUUGGUUGCAGGUUGAAGUUAAUGGUCACUUAACAAGUCUGUGUGCAAAGGGCUUCAAACAAAGGCUUGAGGGGGUUCCCUGAGAGUGAGAGACAUUCUUCCCUUAUCUGAUCACUCUUAGUAAUUCAUUUUACUGUUUAACUGAAAGUGGUGAGCAGGCCUUUACAAGAUAGAGGAGGGUACGCGUAUGGAAAUGUCAAUUUCCUCAUCACUUGCUGUGCAUUUGGCCCCUGGAUAGAAAUGUGGAUUCUUAGCUGGCCCCACACACACACCCGCACACACUCGGCCCUCUCUUACCGCCUUCUGUUUCCUCCUGGACGUUUCGUCUGCGUCACCAAAUCUCACCCACCGGCACAUGCUGGGCUUGUGCCAGCCACUCCCAGGGCUCUACCAAGGACAUCCCCACCUUCACCACGCACACUGCGGACAUGCUUCUCCUUUGCCGUCAGCUCUCUCUGUCAGGAAGACCCGUCCAGGGAGGGGUCUUCUGGGCCUGAGCUCAGGGCCAGCUAGUGCGGGACAGACGCGUGACACCUGUUCUCAUGAGCCUCAUCCACAGCGUGGCCUCCACCUCUGCACCCAAAACAGAACCUUCCCAUGACCUUGGAAAGCAGAACCACCAAGUCUGCUGAAACCCUUGAGCAGCAGAGAAGAGCCACAACGGUGAGGACCCGAAGGGCUUGAGUGUAGAUUUGGGGUUCGGUGAAGCUGAUUUGAGUUUGUCCCCUGACAGCUGGCCUCUUGUUUCCACCUUGAUCUCACAGUUACUCACGAGCUUGGCUUCCUUUCCCAGCUGUCUCCUUUCCACCCCCUUCCACCCCUUUUUUGUUCUUGGGUUGAAAUGGAGAGUUUUCCCCCAGAGUUCGGCUCGAUUCAUGAAUUUUUCUCUGCUUUGCUUCAGAAGCUCUUCAUCCAGUCCCUUCCCUCAUCUUCUCGGUUUGACUGGAACCUGAGGGUCUUCCUUACCACAUCUUUAUCUUCCUCCGGGCCCUGGCUUCCAAGCUCCAGGGGCUCGUCCCGAGGUGCGCGUCACUUCCUCCUGGCUGUCCUCCGCCCAGACCAUCUCCCCAUCUGUCAGCUGAGGGCACCACACCCUCCAAGGCGGAUGAGGAAGAAGAACACCUGAAAGGGAGGAGCUUGGAGGCUGUUGAGGGGGUGGGGGCUGUUUUCCAGGGACCAGUUAAUAGUACCCCACCCCAAAGGCCAAGAAACACAGUGGAGCUUAAACCAGCGCAGGGAGGAGGCCGGUGGUCAGGACUUGCAGCCUCGUCAGACCAUUGUCACAGGUGUUGCUAAGGACAUUGGUGGUGGCAUCUCCACCCCCAGAAAGAGACCUGGAAGGGUAGACAUGUCACCGUCUGAGAGUCAGAAACAGUCAGUAAGGAGGCCAAGGGCAGGGCGACCUGGUGUCGACCUUCCAAGCCCCCAGUCAAACCAGAGCCCAGGCCAGGUCUGUUUUUUGAAAGACCAGGCUCUGGUCUGUGGAAAGUGCCAGUACAGAACUGAAGGGAAGUGGGGGCAAAAGGGGGCAUGUUUCGACCCCCUGUGUGUCUGCUCCCAUUUUAUAGAAGGAAGUGUCAGGUGUGACCACCCGCCAUGGCCGGGACAGCAGAGAGGCUGAGGCCUCAAGAUCUAUUAAUACUUUGGAAGAAGGGAAAAAUGAAACUGUGUUCUGGCACUGUUUUCCCACCCAAACCAUCCUCUCUGGCCGUGUGGGGUAUCUGCCACCCUGUCCCGCUCUCUGCGGACACCCCUCCCACGUGGGGGCCACAGCCUCUGGCAGGAUGGCAGGUGGGGGGUAGGGGUGUGGAGAGGCCCCGAGGUCACCGCGGGAAGCCAGCGCCUGGCUUUCCCGGCAGCUGCGCCCACAUCAGGGUGCGUUUCCCUCCCCUUCCCCGGCUCCUGUCUUCCCUCCUCCCCCGGUUCAGAGAGGGGGGCCCUGUGGACAGGUUCUGAAACAGUUUCUUUGUGAAGCCAUUUCUGGUCUUAACUUUAUUUAUUUAUUUAUUUUUAUUCCAAAGCAACGAAGCACUGCUUUGUGGGGCCAGAUAGCAAACUAUCUGGUAAAUGGGUUUCUGCCGGGUUUCUGCAUUGUCGGAGAGACACCUGAACCCCACACGCACACACACCUGGCGCACGCUCACGUGCAUACACACUCACACACGCACACACACACCCUGACUGGGCAGGCGCUGGCCCUCAGGCUGAGCUCGAGGCGCAUGGCUGUGUCCUCCCCUCAGAGGGCUGGCUGGAGGGAGAACAGAGGUGCUUUCCCGUAGAAAUGGGCCGUUUGGACUUAAUUCUACUGUGAACUAAAUAUCAUUUCUCUUCAUGGAGAAAAUACCACCACUCCUAAAAUCGUUUUUCCUGCCGUGACUUUAGGAGACUUGGUGCACAGCAGGCGAGUGGUGAAGCCCCUGAGGCUCCCUGGUGUCUCCUCGCGGGUCUCUGAAGGGGAGUUAGCGGUUGCGGCCGAAUAUAUUGAAUUAUACCGCUAGGCCGAUUUGGGCAAAUCACUGCACCCUGAGAGCAGAGUCAGAGGUAGGCUUGUCCACGGCAUUCCCUUUCUUCCCGACAUCAGGGACCACCAGACGGAGACUAGAGAACUGAACGAGAGCUUAGACGCGGCUCCAGCCAAACCCACAGCCUCCUGCAGGUCCGGGCUGCCUUGCCACAAGUGUCUCCUCCCCUCUGUGAGGUGUCCAGGCACCCCAGUUUUCUGAAUAAGUAGUGUGACCCAGAUUCGGCUUCUGGAAAGGUAGCAUGACACUUAAUCCACAUGAAUCUGACAUUUACAACAAUUCACCACUUGGGAUGACUCGUGCAUGAGAAAAUGUUUCACCAAGGUCACAUCAGAGCUGCUCUGGGAUCAGAGUUUGUCUGUUUUAGGGGAGGGUUGUGUCUGUAGGAGACAUGGAGGUGGGCACAGUGACUCCUAGACCCGGUGUGGUCUGGAGGCUCCUGUUCCACCAUUCUCAAUGCCCCCGGGUUUGUGAGCCAGGAUGAGGGAGAAGGGGGCCCGGACUCGGCUGCCACCCGCUGCCCCAGCGCCUGAGGGCACGGGCCUCAGGGCCCAAAGCCAGGAGCAGGGGACAGGGGAGGCUCCUGUCCGUAGACCAGUCACUGGGUGCCAAGCCCCCUCCCCCAAGUCGUCCCACCGUGGAGAAACCAUACUGAGGUUUGAAAGGGGAAAACUGAACUUGGGACUCAAGGGCAGAUGGUGUAAACAAACAAUCCGGCGCCAGGGUCUCCUUCAGAAGGCGGCCCCAGAGACCCGGAUGCAGAGGCCACUUGCUGUCUGCACGACGCGUGCAUCCCACCCACCCCCGGGAGUCCGGUCGUGACCUCCCACCUGAUGACCCGCUUCCAGCCCUGCCCCACCCCCCACUGCUCUCCCAGAGCCCGGUGGGAAUAAGGUCUGGCUCUGGAGGCCCGGAUGUCCAAGGCACGAGCAGGUUUGGACAGGUCUGUGAUGUAGCAGCAAGAACCACCUGCGGAAAACACACCUCCGCUAAGAGUCAGGGCGGUGGGCACCCCGUCAGCGAAGCGCCAGAGUGACUAUCAGUCUCACAAUUUCCCUGUUUUAUGUUGAUGCCCCCAAGCUACCAAGCCAGGGUCCUCCGUGCGGGAGGGUCCAGACACAGCCCCUCCACCCGCCUCGCCUCUUGUCCCAGCUCGGACCCCCUUCAUCCCCCGACCCAGUGAAUCAUGCUUGCUCUCAGUCGGCUCCCCUGCCGACACCCCAGCGCCCUUCCCCCCGCCCCACCCCGCGCCCCCCACACCUCCCUCCGGGCCCCGCGGCUUCACAGCCUCGAGUUGUAAAUACUGUUGUACAGUUUGUAAUCAUCAAAUCACCUGGGUCCACGGCCUCACCUGGGUCCCUUCUCACCUCGAGAAAGACCAGGGAAUCAAGAAGAGCUUCAGGGCCAUCUCUGUGUGAGACGCUAUGUAUAUUCCUGUAAGAUUGCAUUUUUAUCUAAGGAAUGAUGUUAUUUAAAAAACAAACCAAAAAAAAACC